AUGGACCAUGUCCGCCAAACUCUCAAUCGCGCAGUGAACUUCACCAUCCCCGAUAUUCCUGCGUGGGCCAGGCAGAUUCGUCAGGACAGACUAUCAAGAGACGAGGAGGACACAGCAUCACGAAGAGGAUCGAAUGCAUCGUCGAAUAGUGAUGUUGAUGUCGCACAUCGCGAGUGGGAACGUGAGAGGGCAAUGUGCUUGCUAGAAGGGCGAAUGUCCUUCGAUGAUGAGCGCAGAGCAGUAUGGAGAGAAAACCCCGAAUACCCUUUCGCCCCCAAGGGCGGCUCGACUGUCGGCUCUUCAUAUGCCACCGUCAACACCUCAUCCCACACCUCCAGCGCAGUGCCCAUAGUCGACAAGCUCCUAGGCUGGACCUCCCACUCCCUAUCGUCACAGCUCCGCCCUCCCCACACCAAGAUGAGAUCCCCCGACUCCAAGCCAGACGCCUGGCUCAACUCCUCACCCUCCCUCCCUCCCAAAUCCGCCUCCGUCCGCCUCCGCUCCUCUUCAACCGACAGCGAAUGGACCCUCGCACCUUCAGAACUCGCUUACCGCCCCAGCUGGCUGGCAUCAAAGCCCUCAGAGCCUUGCGGCGUGCACAGAACGGAUGCGCCGCCUAUCACGAGGUUGUAUGCGGGGCCGGGAGCGCAGGUUAGGGAUCAUAUUGCGAUGGGGGGCACGAGGAUUGAAUUUGUACCGAAGUCUGCGGCGGUUCAAGUUCAACGGCCGGUUGAGGCAUAUUGUUCUCCUGGGCAGAAGGGGAGUUUGGAGGAGAGUGGUAAUUCCGUGGAGGUGCUGUUUGGGAACAGUGAUGAGAAGUUGCGGCAGAUUCCGUGCGGGAUCAUGGCGAUGAGGCAGAGGGAAUUGGAGCUGGAGAGGAGAGGGAGUGGGUCUGUUGAGCCGGGGGAUUCGAUUAGUUGCCAUGGCGGUGAGGCAAUGUCGGCUGCAGGUAGGGCGAGGAAUGGACCGGUCGUACGGCCUCCUGAGCCUGUGCUGCUUAAGGGCCUGAGGUGGACGGAGUAUAGCUACUUUGGAAAUGGCGAUCGAGAGACGGCGAUGCAGAAGGAUGGAGAUGUUGAGAAGGCGGCAUUCAAGUCUGGACAGAUUGAGAGAGGAGGUGAUGGACCAACGCCAAUAUACUACCAAAACGACUAUCCACCCGAUCAGCCUAUCAAGUUCAACUUGUUGGCAAGAUUCAACCUCGACAGUAUUGAGAUGGUUAACAGCCAAAUUCCCAACUUCAAAUAA